GGCCAUAUGUACAUACUUUUUAUGGUACCUUUUUUUGGGUUUCUCUCAGAACACAAUAGCAAGAGGAGAGAGAAAGCAAGGACGAUAUAGAAGAUAGAGAUAGAUAGAGACUAGAGAGAGAGAGAGAGAGGAGAAGGUGCAGCGAGGUCUUCGGUUGCCGCUGAGGGUGAAUCAAAUCCACCGGCCAGAUCCGAGAAAUCGAUCCGACGCCAUCAUCGGUCGUCGAAGACUACGUUUGCAAUCAAUCUUUCUGGUCAAAUCCCAUUUUUUCUUACAUCAAUCAACAAACCCUCGCACCGUCGCCGGUCCAAAAUUGCCGUCGAUUCAUUCUUGGUUCGUCAUUUGAGGCGCUGAUUUUGCCCGAUCCGAUGCGAAAGGUUGCGGAGCAUUUGUGAAAUUUGCCUUGCACGCUUGGGGUCUUGCUGUUGAAGAUCUGAGCUGCUACGAUCUCUCCAAUUUCGAGCUGGAAAAACCCAUCAGGUAGAUGCUGGAACCAAAAAAGACUAAAUGGAUUCAAGUUUGAAUUGGUGAGAAUUAAGCAGACAGAUUCAGCAGUAAUCAGCAAUAAUUAGGAUCUCGCUCUAAUUGCUGAGCAAGCCUCCAUGGUUAAAGGAACGCCCACCAAAGUGAUUGGAGAAUGCGUGCAAGCUCCAAAGUCAACCAUAUGAAUGACAUGGGUUAGAUUGGCUGAUCUGUAUGCGGGGUUCUGACGUGGAUUUUGGUGGAUCAUCUACUCUUCAGCUCAUGCAACACUUAUACGGUGAUCCAUCCUUCUUGGUUUGUUGUUUCUAUUUUCAGUUGUGAAACAGAUAUGCAGAAGAGUGCGAGUCUUUCCAAGAACACUUCUUUGAGACUGACGCCCCAGCAGUCUCUUCGCCGCUUGGGUUUGUGUUCUCAAAUAGCAACUGGGCAGCACUCCUCCCCGAUUGUCUUUCCAGAAAAACGUAGUAAAGUGAAGACUUUAAGGCGUGGAGACAUCAAUGUUACGAUUGAUGAUCCCAAGAAAGCAAAGAGAGAGGAACAUAGGAUUGAUAUUGGAGAUGAGCAGUCUGACUUGUUGGGAUAUGAAGUGGUUUCCGGAACGCUGGUAUUGGAUAAGAGAAAGACAAGUAAAAAUACAGAUGUACAAACUCCAGCAGAGAUAACAAACCGGGAUGCAGUUGAUGCCAAACUUACAAGCAAGGCGUUGGUUUGGGGUUCUCAUAUGUUGUUUCUAGAUGAUGUGAUUUCGGUUUCGUACAAUGAUGGCCUCAGACACUUUACUGUGCAUUCAUACCCUGUGAAAAAGGGUUCGUGCGGCCUUUCUUGUUUUACGAAAACUGGGAGAACUCGGAAGGACUUCCGCUUCUUGGCUGCUAGCCCAGAAGCAGCAGUCCAAUGGGUUAGUGGAUUUGCAGAUCAGCAAUGUUUUGUGAAUUGUUUGCCUCAUCCUUUGCUUUCUUCAAAGAAGCAGGCUUCAGAUUUUGUUGCUUCUGAGUUUCCUCCUGAAUUACAUAUCAAAUGUAAAAGUCCACCUAAGAUGCUUGUGAUUUUAAAUCCGCGGUCCGGACGUGGUCGUUCAAGUAAAGUUUUCCAUGGCAUGGUGGAACCAAUAUUUAAGCUUGCAGGGUUUAAGAUGGAGGUAGUCAAAACAACAUCUGCUGGUCAUGCUAAAAAUCUUGCUUCGAGUCUCGACUUCAGCACAUGCCCUGAUGGAAUUAUAUGUGUUGGAGGCGAUGGAAUUGUUAAUGAGGUUUUGAAUGGUCUACUUAGUAGAGACAAUCAGAAAGAAGCAAUCUCAAUUCCAAUUGGAAUUAUACCUGCUGGUUCGGAUAAUUCUUUGGUAUGGACCGUUCUAGGAGUUAGAGAUCCAGUUUCUGCUGCAAUAGCCAUAGUAAAGGGUGGCCUUACUGCUACAGAUGUUUUUGCUGUUGAAUGGAUCCAAACUGGCAUCAUUCACUUCGGAAUGACCGUCACAUAUUUUGGUUUUGUUAGUGAUGUUUUGGAACUUUCUGAGAAAUAUCAGAAGCGCUUUGGUCCUCUGCGUUAUUUUGUUGCUGGUUUCCUCAAAUUCUUAUGCUUGCCUAAGUACAGUUUUGAAGUGGAAUAUCUUCCAGCAUCAAAAGAAGCAACUGAUCAAGAAAAAAAACUCUCAGCCGACAGGGAAAUAGUUGACCUGUCAGACCUGUACACAGACAUUAUGAAGAGAUCAACGACAGACGGCAUGCCCAGAGCCUCUAGCCUAUCAAGCAUUGAUUCAAUUAUGACCCCAAGUCGAAUAUCUGGAGGAGACUUGGAUACAACCUGCAGUAGCACACAUGCUAGCACUGAACCAUCAGAAUAUGUGCGUGGCCUAGAUCCAAAAUCAAAACGCUUAUCGUCUGGAAGGAGCAAUGUGAUGGCAGAACCAGAAGUUAUUCAUCCUCAGCAACCACUUUCAGCAACUCCUAACUGGCCAAGGACUAGGUCGAAAUCUAGAACGGAUAAAGGAUGGACUGGAUUGACAACCACAAAUGACUCCACCAGAUGUUCUUGGGGAAAUACAACAACAAAUGACAAAGAGGAUAUUUCGUCAACGAUGUCAGAUCCUGGUCCAAUUUGGGAUGCUGAACCGAAGUGGGACGUCGAGCCCCACUGGGAUGUAGAAAAUCCUAUUGAAUUGCCAGGGCCAUCAGAUGAUGUUGAAGCUGGAGUGCGCAAGGAAGUUGUGCCUAGAUUGAAUGACAAAUGGGUGGUUACAAAAGGUCAUUUUCUUGGUGUCCUUGUGUGCAACCAUUCGUGCAAGACUGUUCAAAGUUUGAGUUCCCAAGUGGUUGCUCCAAGAGCUGAGCCUGAUGACAACACUUUGGAUUUAUUGUUGGUUCAUGGAAGUGGGCGACUGAGGCUGUUGAGGUUUUUCUUGCUUCUGCAAUUGGGUCGACACCUCUCACUGCCAUAUGUUGAAUAUGUCAAGGUAAAAUCGGUGAAGAUUAAGCCUGAAAAGCAGACGGGCACGGGCUGUGGUAUUGAUGGGGAACUUUUCCCUGUCAAUGGGCAAGUUAUGUCUUCCAUACUUCCCGAACAAUGCAGGCUUAUUGGUCGUCCUGCCAGUGGUACCAAAUAAUUUUCUGUGGCCCCUCUCUUUGAUCUCUUCUUCAGGUUCCAUGGAUGCACCUUUGCUCGUAUUUCAAUUAUACGUGGUAGUGGAGUAUGUAGAGUAUUCAUAUACCACAUGAAAGAACUUCAUUCCAUUUUCUUUCAACCCUCCCCACCAUUGCACCGUCUUGCAUGUUUGAGGUCUCUGUAAAUUUUGUCACCAUUUUAUUUCAUUUAUUUGGUUUCUUCCUCCCUUUUUUUUUUUUUAACCUUUUGGGUUUAUUUCUUUUGUUAUAUCCUAUUAUGUACACUUCUCCAUGUUUGCUGUUGUGUGCAAACUGUCAUGUAUUAAAAUCUUGCUGUUAUUUUUUCUCAUUUUGAACUACACACACACACACACAUAUUCAUUUAUGUAUGCAUUUAUGUAAUUAAACAAGCGUAAUAGGUGGAAUUUAUUUCCAAGAAAGCGAAGGAAAUGGAGACAAUAAGGACAGUGGUGUGCUUUGCAAGGAUUAUAGUAAGUACUCUGUAAAGCUGCAUGAUCUUCAGGGCUUCUGGAAUUCCGUGGAUGAACAAAUUAAUGAUGCCAUUCCAUUAUGUUCUUUCAGUGCGGUAACUGCAUUCCGAAGACGGAAGCCGCAAAAUUUAAAGUCCAGAUGUGUAACAGCGGAGGAAAAAAUAUUGAGCAAAAGGUUACCAUCUAGUGAUGGCCGAUUUGUGCAGCGUGUUAGAAGGGAAUGCCGAGAAAUAGACUGGUGGUUCAAAUUUGAAUCUGGGAUAUCCAUGGUUACUCUUGCAGUUAGAACUUCUAGGUUUGCACCAAGUAAUGGCUUCUAGAGGACAUUGAACUGGAAUGGUGCUUAGUUGAUGGCUGUUGUAUGUGUAUGAAGUGGCUGUUUGUAUAUUUGGAAUCCUCCAUGGAUGCUAUUUUUUCAUUUGAGAGCUUUUAUUUUUGCUUCUA